CAUUUGAGGGACCAUACCCUUCUCAAAAAGCUUUCCACUUGAAGUAAUUGUAAAGUGGAAUGAAGUUUGAAAAGUAACAAACAAAAGAAUAGAAACCAGGGAGUGAAAAUAAAACGGCCCUCCAUUUGGAUUUGGAUAGGGAGAGGAAGAAAAAUUGCAUUUGCCCGCGCUUCCAUUAGCAGAGAUGCUGUCUCCAACAAUGGCUGCGACUUGGGGCUCAGCUCCAUUGCACAUUCAAUGGAAGAAACCGAAGCGUAUGGGUGUCACCGUUAACGAGUUUCCUUCGUUCCUUCCCAAAGAAGUUUACGACAUCAAAGACCAAUUUGCUCGAAACCUCGCUUCAAGGAUUGAGAGGCUACCCGUCAGCUUCUCGGAUUCUUGUAUAAUGAGUAGUUGCGUUAAGCCGUCAAUACAGAGCAAAAAAUGUCCAGUGGUUCUUCUCCAUGGCUUUGACAGCUCCUGUUUAGAAUGGAGAUACACAUAUCCAUUGCUUGAGGAAGCUGGUUUAGAAACUUGGGCUGUUGACGUUCUUGGCUGGGGCUUCUCUGAUUUAGAAAGACUCCCACCAUGUGAUGUGACUUCUAAACGUGUUCAUUUGUAUCAGCUUUGGAAAUCUUAUAUUAAAAGACCAAUGGUAAUUGUUGGACCAAGCCUUGGUGCUGCUGUUGCUAUUGAUUUUGCUGUCAAUUACCCAGAAGCUGUUGAUAGGCUUGUGUUGAUUGAUGCAAGUGUAUACGCAGAAGGUACAGGAAACUUAGCUACCUUACCAAGAUUGAUUGCCUAUGCUGGGGUAUUUUUAUUGAAGAGCAUUCCUUUGCGCGUAUAUGUGAACUUUUUGACCUUCACUAGCAUACCAUUUAGUACCGGCCUGGAUUGGGCCAAUAUCGGCCGCCUGCAUUGUUUAUUACCUUGGUGGGAGGAUGCGACUGUUAGUUUUAUGUUAAGUGGGGGAUAUAAAGUCAGCAGCCAGAUUGAAAAGGUAAAGCAGAAAACGCUUAUCAUAUGGGGUGAGGAUGAUCAAAUCGUCAGCUACAAGCUUGGAGUGAGGUUGCAUUGUGAGUUGCCAAAUGCAGUUUUUCGUCCAAUAGCCGAAUGCGGACAUCUUCCUCAUGUUGAGAAGCCAAAUCUUGUUGCCAAAUUGAUUACACAAUUUAUUCAUGAAGAUUCCAGAAAAGAGGUUCAGUUUGUUAAUAGUGAAUAAUUUUUCUUUGCACGUGCUUACAUUUUCUUCAUCUUAUUAACGUAUUUGCUUCAAUCCUGCUCAUGGAUUUUCAGUCCUGACGUGUGUUCUACAAUGAGGGCUGGAAGGUGCUCUAUAUGUUUCAAAUCCAAUAAAAUAUAACAUCAUCAAAAUAAACCCAAAAAAAAAAUCUGCUUUUGCUUGUUUUCUUAGCCUGAUGAUGGUGGACGUAAACCCCUCCCUCAAACAUUUUACACUAGUGACCUGGGGCAAGUUAGAAAAAGGAAAGAAAAAAUGUUACCUACUGAUUAGAAACAUUUGUAAGGUUAAAUGAAAUCUUGUAGGGUGAGUUCAUGUAAGUUGGUCAAAAGUCCUGUAAAAUUAAGACAAGCAAUCCUAUGUCGAUGUAGACAUAUAUCUUCAAUCAAGAAGUAGCCUCUGUCCAUGUUACUAGGUAAAUAGUAUUCUGUUCAUUAGAAUGGUGCACUGUAGGGGGAAAAGGAACCAAAUCAUCACAUUUUGAAUCUCGGAUUGUUGUGGUGGUGGCGGGGGGCUUGGUCUUUCUUAGAAAUUGAUGGGCCUUCUUCAUUGGAUCUUUUAUCCUGAGUUUAUGGCAAAGUUUUAUGGGACUGAUUUUGAAUUA